AUGAAACAUUUUUUGCUCGAAAUAUCAUUUCUGUCGAUGACAGCUAUAAGUUUCGGCAAAUUGCUUCUCAAUUACGAAUGGAAAUAUCUAGACAUUCUUUGGGACAGCCCACAACAAAAAGAAGAAGCAAUAUAUUUUGGCAAAUACACUCCUAAUAUAGCUUAUUUGUAUGAUAUAGAUAGGGCGGAUGAUGGCAGAGUAUUUAUUACUGCGACGAGAGACGAUGGCGUACCACUUGGUGUAAUGACAGUAACUGAGAAACAAGGAGAGGGUGGGCCACUUCUACGUGCAUAUCCAGAUUGGUCUUGGUAUAAAGAUGAUUGUAAAGGAAUUACAGGCGGUGUUUAUCAAAUACAAAUUACAUGCAAUCAUCUAUUUGUUGUGGAUGGUGGCAGAAUUGGGGAGAAUCAAAUAUGCUUACCACAGCUACUAAUCUUUGAUUUAUCAACUGAUGAAUUAGUUAAACGUGUUACUAUACCACUUAACAUUGCUCAUAAUAAAACUGGCGAUGGAUUGAUAGCUUCAAUUACCGUUUUUGCACCUGACUGUCAAAAUGUAAAGGAUAAUGCUAUUGUAUUCAUAGGAGAUGUGGAAGGUGCUGGUUUAAUAACAUAUAAUGGAUAUACUUCAAAGUUAUGCAGAGUCGAAUCUGAUUUUAUGAAACAGACUGAUGUUGAUAUCCUAUUAGCGAACAAGCGAUAUCCUACUACUGACACCAUCUACGGCGUGACAAUUAUUGGUGAAGAUUUAUACUAUGUCCCUUUCGCGGGAAGCAAAAUGUAUAAAACAAAAAUGUCGAACUUAAUAGAAUGUUCGCCAAAGGAUAUUAAUGAAGCUAAUAAAGAAACUCAAUUGGCGGGUGUAUUAGGAGGCCAGACAGUUGCGAUAACAUCUGACAGAUGUGGAAUAUUUUUUAGCGAUAUUACAAAAACAUCUAUUAUGUGCGCGGACGCUGUUAAAGAAAUUAAUUCCAAAAACAAAGAGAUCGUUGCAUAUGAUCCAAAAAUGGAAUUUGUAAGUGGGAUGAAGAUUAGACAUGGUGAAUUAUUGGCCUUAUCAAAUAGAUAUCAAAUACACAUCUAUAAGUUAUUCUAUUAUAAUAAUACAUUUAAUAUGAACGAGAUCAAUUUCCGUGUUUUCUCAAUGCCCAUUGCAGAGGUAGAAAGGAAUACAAAGUGCUUUUCUUCUUGCAAUUAA